GCCUUCCCCUGAGGCUGAUGGGCUGCUCUGCCUGUCCUAGUGACAGGCCCCUGGCACCCAUUCCCCACCUUCCAGAAAGGGUGGAGGGACGCUGGCCCUGGCUCAAGCUGUGCCUUCUUAGAGAGCCUCCGGCUGCCUCAGGAGGCGGGCGCUGCAGCCUGGGUCGCACAGAAGAGCAGUGGCGGCCUUGCCCUGGUCCCUAACUGUCUCUGCCUGCACCUGCGCGAUCCAGAGCGAGCCCCACUACAACCGCAGCAGAGAAGCCAGGAGCCUCAAUGAGCCACGCCUGUGCCAGUGACUGUCAGGCCACCAGCCAAGGAGGUACUGUCCAGAAGGAGAUGACCUCUAGUAAGAAGAGCCCUGUCCUUGUGGAUGGGGUUGUACUCAAUGGACCACAAACCGAUGUGAAAGCAGGAGAAAAAUUUGUUGAAGAAGCCUGUAGGCUAGUGAUGGAAGAGGUGGUUCUGAAAGCUACGGACGUCAGUGAAAAGGUGUGUGAGUGGCAGCCCCCUGAGCAACUGAGGCAGCUCCUUGAUCUGGAGAUGAGAGACACAGGAGAGACACAGGACAAGCUGCUGAAACUCUGCCAAGAUGUCAUCCACUUCAGCGUCAAAACCAACCAUCCAAGAUUUUUCAACCAGUUGUACGCUGGCCUCGACUACUACUCCUUGGCAGCCCGGAUCAUAACAGAAGCACUGAAUCCAAGCAUUUAUACGUAUGAGGUGUCCCCAGUGUUUCUGUUAGUGGAAGAGGCGGUUCUGAAGAAAAUGAUUGAAUGUGUUGGCUGGAAAGAAGGGGAUGGAAUAUUUAACCCAGGUGGCUCAGUGUCCAAUAUGUGUGCUAUGAAUUUAGCUAGAUACAGAUAUUACCCUGAUGUUAAGGAGAAGGGUCUGUCUGGUUUGCCAAGAUUAGUCCUUUUCACAUCGGCAGAGUGUCAUUACUCCAUGAAGAAAGCAGCCUCCUUCCUUGGGAUUGGCACACAGAACGUGUACUUUGUGGAAACAGAUGGAAGAGGUAAAAUGAUACCCGAGGAGUUGGAGAAAAGAAUCUGGCAAGCAAGGAAAGAGGGGGCAGUGCCAUUUCUUGUCUGUGCCACUUCUGGUACCACUGUGCUGGGUGCCUUCGAUCCCCUGGAUGAGAUUGCUGAAAUCUGUGAGAGACACGCCCUCUGGCUCCAUGUAGAUGCCUCUUGGGGUGGUUCAGCUUUGGUGUCAAGAAAGUACCGUCAGCUCCUGCAUGGGAUCCACAGGGCUGACUCGGUGGCCUGGAACCCACACAAGAUGCUGAUGGCUGGAAUCCAGUGCUCUGCUCUACUAGUCAAGGACAAAUCUGAUCUUCUUAAGAAGUGCUACUCUGCCAAAGCGACCUACCUGUUCCAGCAGGAUAAGUUCUAUGAUGUCAGCUACGACACGGGAGACAAAUCCAUCCAGUGCAGCAGGAGACCUGAUGCCUUCAAGUUCUGGAUGACCUGGAAGGCCCUGGGCACGUUAGGACUGGAGGAGAGAGUUAACCGUGCCCUUGCCCUGUCUAGGUACCUGGUAGAUGAAAUCAAGAAAAGAGAAGGGUUCAAGUUACUGAUGGAACCUGAAUAUACCAACAUUUGCUUUUGGUACAUUCCACCCAGUCUCAGAGAGAUGGAAGAAGGACCAGAGUUCUGGGAGAAGCUCAGCUUGGUGGCCCCAGCCAUUAAGGAGAGGAUGAUGAAGAAGGGGAGUCUCAUGGUGGGCUACCAGCCCCACCGAGGGAAGGUCAACUUCUUCCGCCAAGUGGUCAUCAGCCCUCAAGUGAGCCGGGAGGACAUGGACUUCCUGCUGGACGAGAUAGAAAGCCUGGGGAGGGGUAUGUAGCCUUGUCUUUCAUUCCCCCAGAGGCACCAAUCCUGCCUUGGGGAGGGACCCAGAUCCAGUGCAUCUGGAGAUAUACUAGAUAGAUGACAAUCCUUCUGGUGAGAUUCCCGCUGCCGCCAGAAAACCAAAAUGCUAAGCAAGUAGUCCUUAAGGGUGCUUUGGCUGCCUAAUGCUACUGGUUGUGGAAUGGCGAAAGUGGAAGUAAGAAAAAAAUUAUUCCAUCAGAUAUUAUCCCCAGAAACAACCCUGAUGAGACCUUAGUCAGUGCCACGUGGAUGGAGAUUGGAUUGUAAACUCCUGUUGCUCCUUAAAGAGCAUAGAAACACAUAGCUUCGAGCUUACAGCAAUGAACCUCACAAGGUAGGCCCUGUGCCACCAGCAAAAGUGUCACCGAGGAACUCACUAAAGAUUCACGCUCUCUGCCCUACCCCACACCAGAAAUGCUGGUUCUAGUAUCCCAUGUUUUAAUAAGCCCAAUUAGUGUGUCUUAUGCACAGUGAGAUCUGAGAAACAAUGUCCAAGCCUUACCAAUGCUUUGUCAGAAAAAAGACAUGUAAGAUUCCAGUAGCCCCUCAACCAGGCUUGGAAAAAUACAAUUGUGGUGUUUCUACUACAAUGUUCAUGAUGCCUGAAAUGUCAAAGAUACACCUACAUACCCCCCCACACACACCAAUAUAGAGACUAUGCAAGAUUCUUACUACCUGAAGAUGUAUUUUUAUUUGGGUUGAAGUCCUCCCCCCACCCCAGGAGUUAAAAUGAAUCGUUAUCUAUCCUACUUUAUCUGAGUUAAAGAUUGGGGUGAAAACCACACACUGGGUAGUGUGCCCUUUUGAUCAGUGAUAACUGAGUACUAAUCUGCUUCUUCAAAAUUGCCACUGGGUAGGGAGAAAUGAUGUACGUAUGCGUGGGUCUCUGUCCCUCUUUUCGAUUUGGGAAUGCAUUUCUUAUUUUCAUUCUUGGCUUUGUAGAGAACAGAAUAAGCUGGAGUCGGAGGCUUCACAGCAUUCUCUUUCUCAAACUCUGAAAUAUCACUUAGACUUCUUCAGUGGUCUCUCUUAGCAGAGACUCUGGAAUCAGAGAACUUCCCAUGGCAGUCCCCCAUAGUUCAUGGAAGUAGAUGGUUAUAACUCUCUGUGGCCACCCUCUUAGAUUUAUUCCUAGAGGGUUUUCUAUGACUAAGACACAGACAGGAUUCAGAGAUGAGGGUGUAAAAUGAAGGCCGUGUGUAGAGAGUUUGUCCAGGUAUUGGAUUUACGAUCACCACCUCAAACUGUAUCACUAACCGAUGACAUUGUAAUUUUGAGAAACAAUGUGUACUGUGCAGCACACACUGAACAUUUUCAUUGCAGAGUGCAUGGUCUUUUGCUAGCUCCGCUCAUCAAGGAUAUUUUUCACUUCACUUUCUGAAUUACUUCAAACUCCCUGGUGGUGGGAGCUAUCUGUGCAUGAUUUGAUUCUUGUUGCCUUUUAGAAACUGUCCACAUAAAAUGCUCCUAAAACUGAUGCUUGAAGUAAGUUGUAUUCUGUGAAAUAAAGAGCCGUGUCAGCACUGUG